AUGACCAUCAUCAACACCACCAUCACCACCGUUACAAUUACGAUCAUCACCAUUACUGUCAUCACCAUCAUCAACACCACCAUCACCACCGUUACAAUUACGAUCAUCACCAUUACUAUCAUCACCGUCAUCAACACCACCAUCACCACCGUUACAAUUACGAUCAUCACCAUUACUGUCAUCACCAUCAUCAACACCACCAUCACCAACGUUACAAUUACGAUCAUCACCAUUACUGUCAUCACCAUCAUCAACACCACCAUCAUCAACGUUACAAUUACGAUCAUCACCAUUACUGUUAUCACCAUCAUCAACACCACCAUCAUCACCGUUACCAUUACGAUCAUCACCAUUACUAUCAUCACCGUCAUCAACACCACCAUCACCACUGUUGCCAUUACGAUCAUCACCAUUACUAUCAACACCACCAUCAACACCACCAUCACCACCGUUACAGUUACGAUCAUCACCACAACUAUCAUCACCAUCAGUGUCAUUUCCAUCACCACCACCAUCACCACCGUUACCAUUACGAUCAUCACCAUUACUACCAUCACCAUUACUGUCAUCACCAUCAUCAAAAUUAGAUAG